GAGGCCAAGCUCCAGUGCCCCCCCCCUCCCGGUUUCUCGGUUGAUCGAUUUCAAGAGAUGAAACUAAGUUACGUCGCGUCGUAAAAAACCAUUCCCCGGUCUCAGAUUGUUAUAAUUACAUCUAAAUCGGUUGAAAUAUAACCCUGCUACAUGGUGAAAACACGGCUGCCUGUCGAAAGAUAUAUUUAAGACAAUGUCAUCGGUUCUAAGUGCUUCUAACCGCACAUAUAUAACCGCACAUAUAUAUAUUCGAUUUAAAGCAAAGCCACUGUUGGUACCUGACAUUCUUAUGAGUUUCAAUAGUUCUAUACUGAAUACGUUUGCACUUGAAAAAGAAUCUCUUUAGCAAGGAAACCGCCAUUCUGCCUUUGCAAUGCUCGGAUGAUGGCGAUUAAACAAAAGAUUUGUCUUUUUUGUGCUUUCAUUAUCGCAUAUGGCAUCUUGCAUAUCGCCGCGGCAACAAAGCUUGGUGAAGUCUCCAAUUUGAUACCAAGCUAUGGCAGCCAGCGUGGAGGCACUCUUCUUCAAAUCAGAGGAUUUGGGUUUUCCGCUGAUCAGUUCAGUUUUGACGAUCCCACCAAAGGGAAUGAAGUUGUCUUCAUUCACACGGUCACUGGGAGAAUUCUUGGUUGUGACAUAGUCUCAACAGAUACAAAUGAAAACAGAAUCUUGUGUGAAACUCGAUCAUCCCCAACUGGAGAUGCUGAUUAUAAAGUCAAAAUCAAAGUGGAUGGCAAGUGGCUGAACAAUGAUGCUUGGGGAACAUAUUGUGGAGGAAACUGCAUUUUCAGGUAUCGCAAUUACCAAACUGCAACAAUAACUAAAGUUGAACCCCAGAGUGGAUUGCCAGGGACCAUUAUAAAGAUAAAUGGAAAGAUCCAGACAAUCCAGAUUAGCAGGUUGUCCAUUGGUUUUGACCCAGAAAAAGCAGAAAUCAACAAAGCAUUUUUUGGCAAUGAGAUCUGUGAGCCAUUCAAUGUUGCAACAAAUGAGCUAAUUGGUGCAGACCUUCCUGGCUGCUCAGGGAGUCUCAGUUGUUUGGGAUGGUUUAAAUGCCAGCCAGCAGCAAGGGAUGUUGGUUCAUAUAACGUGUCAUUCAUUGUAUCUGACACUGGUCGAUCAAGAAGAGAAAAGCAGGCAUAUCUUGUUGAUGGAAAUGAUGUUGCUUAUUCAUACCAGACAUAUGCAGAUGUGUCAAGCAUUUCACCAAAUGAAGGCAGUGUCAUGGGCGGCCAAGUAAUUUCCAUCAAUGGUAACUUCUUCACAAAGAAGAUUGCUAAUGUCAGUGUCACUGUUGGAGGUGUCCCCUGCAAAGUUCUUUCCACUUCAACAACCAGAAUCACUUGCAGGACAGGAAGAGCUCCUCCUCCUCCAGCAAAUGCUUCCGAUCCUUUUCCAGGCGGGCGUGGUUUUGUUCUUGAACUGUGGAACAGAUCCGAAGCAAGAAGCUUUGCAGAUUUCUCGAAAUUUAGCAAAAGUUCCCCAAGCUACUCCCGACAUGUGAUGAGGGACACUAUAAUUUUUAACAAGGAAGACUGGCCAAAUUGGGAGAAGAGCCACGGAAGAUUUACUGGCUUCUUUGUUCCGCCUCGUACUGGCUCUUACUCCUUCCUAAUAAAAAAUGAUGACGUUGGCGAGCUGUACUUAAGUAGUUCCCAGUCUGCUGCGAACAAGGCUCGUAUUGCCUCAUCACCAAGUUUUACCUAUAACAGCUUCUACAAGUUUCCGAGCCAGAAAUCAGCAAAGAUGAAUCUUACGAAAGGAAAACCAUAUUAUUUCGAGUUCCCAUUUUUUGAUUAUGGUUGGGGCUAUCAUGCAGAAUUGGCCGUGCUUAUGGACGAGACAAGCAGGACGGCUGGGCAGGUGAAAGGAGCUCUCAAUGAAUUGCAACGAAUUCAGAUCAGCUCAGUUUACAAAACUGAAAAACAGAUGAUCAGUAUCACCUCUGCGGAACCAGUCUCUUAUCAAAUCUCCUAUGGUGGUCGAGUCUCUUCUCCGAUUCUCUCGAACGCCGGACUUUCAGCUGUUAAAAGUGAAAUAGAGAAGUUCUUUACAUGGCAAUGCACAUACAACCCCGCAGCAAAUAAAGGCUUUUUCUUCCAAGACUUCGAAGGAGCUCACGAGAACGAAGAACACGGAACCAGAAUCACGUAUACGAAACCCUAUUGCGGAAGGCAGUCAAUAAAGACAAAAUAUCACUGGUUUUACCUUUUCGAUGAAGGUGUGACCAAGAAAAAUGGCGUGAAACUCCCACAAUAUGACUUAAAUGUCAACAAAAAGGUCUGCUUCGCGUACAAAGGCCCUUUGCAGAACUACGUGACAUUUAGAAUUAAUUACAAUCACAAAGAUGGUGUUCGUCGAAGGGCUGAACGAACGUAUACGUUUGCUAUUUCAUCCAGAUUGGAUCGUUGGAACCACGCUUGUAUGGAUGUCUAUACACAUGUAACCAGUGAUAGUUUUUUUACAGCCAGGAUAGCCCUAAACCCUCAAUAUAAGAUCGAUUUCAUCAGGGGUUACCCCAACAUAAACGGUGUUGGUGAUACUCUUUUCGAUAAUAUAUGGAUUGGUGCUAGUGAUAUGAUAGUGACACCAACAUUACCUGCUGCCCAACCGAAUGGCGCUCUUAUUCAAAGUUUUGAAGUCACUAAACCAAGCAAUAACUCAAUAGAGAUCUCAAUGCACGUUGCCGAUUGUGUUACAAACGUCGGAUUGAUGAAGAUACAUGGCAAAACUGCGUCGAAAACAACAGCAACGAGUGCAACGUACAGUUUGUCGGGCACGGCUACUGUUACAGUUACUCAGACGCAAAAAGCCAGCUCUCCAGUUACGGGCACAUUUGAUCUUUUAUACGAGGACAAACUGUUUGAAGGAUUGGAAUCCAACAUUGAGGCCAAAGACUUGAAGGCGAUGCUAGAGAGAGACCUACGCAGUGGAGAGCUACAGGUGACUAGGCAAGGAACCUGUUCUGGCUAUUACUGGGAUGUCGAGUGGGUAGCAAUCGGUGGAAAUAAACCAGAGUUUGUAGUGGAUGGUAGAAGGUUGACUGGGGAUUCCGUCAGCAUCAAAGUUAACACCAGGACCGAUGGAGGGUUGAUGAUGGCACCAAUACCUGCAGAAUUUCUUCGCUUGCCGGAAACUAGGCCGCAGGUGGUUGUCACAAUCAAUAACAUCGCCUCCUCCUGCAUGAAUAACACCUGUGCAUAUGGAUACAGUGAUGCUAGUACGCCCAAAAUCACAUCCAUCACGCCGUCCAAUGGUCAUGGUGGACCGAAUGGCACAUGUAAUGUCAUUACCAUUGGUGGAUCAGGAUUUAGUUCGAACAAUGCAGAUAAUGUUGUUACGAUAGGCGGUGUUUUCUGCCAGGUCCAGAGUAGUACUACAAGCUCAAUAUCUUGUUGUGUUGGCCAGUCGCAAGCUGGGACCCACUCAGUGAAUGUGCACGUGAAAGGAAAAGGAAAUUCCAUGGCAACUGGUGACGCCAACAAAUUUAAGUACAAUCUUAUUGUAACCUCAGUUUCGCCUGUACAAGGCAGUACUCUGGGAGGCGAAGUAGUAACGAUUGUUGGAAAUGGCUUUGGCGGCGAGAUCCAGGAUGCCAAAGUCUAUUUUGGUGGAAGCUUGUGUGAAAUCAUUGGCCUAAAUAAUGUAAACAUCACCUGUUUAACUGGGCCAAACGCUGCCGGGAACGUUUCUGUAUCUGUUCAUAUAAGAGGUGUAAACACUUCACUGGAAGAUGCAUUCGAGUAUACAUCGAGUAUGAACGCUGUCAUCAAUUCUGUCACACAUGAACCACUCCUGACUUCUGGCGGAGUUCUUCUGAGACUAGACGGUUCCUCUCUUAGUCCGUUAUCUGGCUCAGGUGUUCGCGUGACUAUCGGUGAUAACAUUUGUGAGAUAAUCAACUCCAGCAACACUGAGAUAUAUUGCAAGACGCCUGCCAACCCCCCUGGAAGACACAAGCUUUCUGUCUCCAUUUCUGGUAGAGGCUUCGCAGAGCUCUCCGAUCCAGUGUUAGAAUACAUCCUUACUGUGGACAAUGUCUAUCCUGACAAAGGGUCUGUUCUUGGUGGAACUGUUCUUACCUUGACAGGCAGUGGAUUUGGGCAGAAUACGUCAGUGAUUCAUGUCAGAGUUGGAAAUAAAAAGUGUGAUGUUCUUUCUGCUACGAACGAGGAGGUCAAAUGUAGAACAACAGCAGCGGCAAAUGUUAUCUCGGUUGAUAACUCUGGAAGGAGUUCGCUUUAUGGUGGUGGUUAUGCCUGGAAUGUCUCUGUUAUACAGAUUAAUAUUGGAGAUUCAGUCAAGUGGAUGUGGGGAAGCAACCCGUUGUCUCAACUCUCCAUUGGUGUCUUCCAAACAUCUGCAGUUAAUGAAGAGUAUGAUGGGACUGGCUUCAUAAGUGCACGAAGUAGCAGUGGCAGUUUUACUCACCGAUUUGAUAAGCUUGGAGUUUACUAUUUCUCUACUGGCCCAAUUGAUGCUGGCAAGAGAAUAAGCAUGACAGGAAGGGUCAUUGUCAGAGGAAUGAAGUCGAAAAUCUCAAAUGUACACCUUCGAGUAGGACAAUACAUGGCAAAAUACGCGAAUUCUUCUUCAAAUACCAGUCUUCCUAAUGACUGUGUGAAUGGAAUAAGUUCUAGCCACUCUGCUUGCGUCAUCGACGGCUCACUGACGAGCAACGAUUCCAAUGUAACAGGCAACGCUGAUGAUGGACAUCCAUUUAAGUUUCAAUAUGCGCCUUGCAUGACCCCCGUGGUUAACUCUCUUUCCCCUCGAUGGAUAACAGCUGAUACCAAUGUUGAAGUUACAGGACGGGGUUUCUCAAGCCUCAGUUGUCAAAAUCAUGUUAAACUUGGAGAUCAUAGUUGUGACGUCAUCUCAAGUACUGAUACGAAAAUUACCUGCCGUAUUAACAUCGCAAACUCUCCACCAAUCAAUACACCGAUGCGCAUUUCUGUGCAUGUAAACAACAGAGGCAGGGCGUUGAUCAAUAUCUCGAGCCCAGCUGAUGAAACACUCAAAAUGCGUCCAAUGAUUUCGUCAUUUACUCCAACUGAAGGAUCGGCUGGUGGCGGCACCAAACUGACGAUCAAAGGUGCUGGUUUUACUGGCAAUAGCGCUACCGUCACCAUCGGAUCAUUCCAAUGCGCAAUAACAAAUAUGACAUAUGUGGAAAUUAAGUGCACAACGGGUAAGGUCAGCACUCUAGCUAGCAAUGCAUGGCCAGUCCACGUUCACAUUAACAGUGAAUUAGCAGUCUGUAAUCUAACAAAUGCUGGAUGCGACUUCCACUACAACCUAACUGCAACUGCAGAGGUUAACGAAAUUCCAAACAGGCAAAUUACACAACAAAGCCAAGAACUUACCCUACACGGUGACAAGUUUGGUUCAUCUUCAUCUGAUAUUGCAAUAUCGGUUGGGCCUUCACCAUGCAACAUUAGCACCCUCAAUGACACACAUAUCAGUUGCGUCGUGGAAGGUGUUCCAGCUGGAUCUCAUAAGUUGCAUGUUUAUAAGCACCCAAGCGGAAGUGCCUGGUUCAAUACAGGUGAUACUGUCCAGUGUACUCCAUCAAUAACUGGUGUGUCACCAUCCAGAGGAAGUGUUCACGGAGGAACAGAUAUAAGCAUCAGUGGACUUGGCUUUGAUCCUGGCAGGGUUUCCGUUUUAAUUGACGGUAAACAGUGCUCAUUGAAGUCAGUGACGUAUACCAGUGUAGUUUGUACCACACCUUCAGGUACUGGGACAAAGAAUGUUGUUGUUAAGUCUGGUACCGUGACCUUUCCGCUGACGAGCACCUUCACAUACGAUGCUUCUGUGACGCCAACGGUCAGCUCGCUGUUGGUUUCAACUGGAAAAGGUGGAGAAACCAUAACAAUCACAGGAAGCAACUUAGCCCCAGGAUCAUCAAGUAAAAGGCGAAGACGCUCUGUUUCAAGUAGCAGUGUCACCGUGGGUGAUGCUUCCUGUGCAGUGACAUCUUCCUCUGGCAGCUCCAUCACAUGCACACUGGCGCCACAUCCUGCAGGAUCCGUACCUAUCAAAGUUUCUGUCGACGGAAAAGGACUGAGCAACAGUGAUACGAUGUUCAAUUACACACUUGGCCUUACGAGUGUUGCCCCUAAUGAGAGUGGCUUCGGUGGUGGCAGGAAUGUCACUUUAACUGGCUAUGGCUACAGUGCAAGCGAUUCUGUACUUAUCUGUAACCAGCCCUGUAAAGUAUCGUCAGUGAAUGACACAUGGAUCACGUGCGAAAGCCCUUACUUCAAUCCCGGAAGUUUCUCCUCAGACCACGUAUGCUCUGUCGAAGUAAGAUCAUCUUCUGGCUUGACACAGUCAUUGGCAAAUUCAUAUACCUACAGAGCAUCGCUCACAUCUACAAUUACAUCCGUUAGCCCUGCUCGUGGUGGCACUGGUGGUGGUGUUCGGGUAACUAUCAGUGGCACGGCCCUGCAAAGUGGCUCUGGCUCCUCUGUUGUGACAAUUGCAGGCAACCCAUGCGCAGUCCAGUCUGUUGAUGCUACUACAAUAGUUUGCAUCACUUCUCCAAGUUCCCGAACCAUCAAAACCGAUGUUAGGGUUGAUGUUGGCACAAAUGGGAAAGCUGUACCAGUCAACGCUAGUUUCUUUUAUGUUGACGUUUGGUCUUCAAAGUACAGUUGGGGUGGUAAUAGCCCACCUGUUGCAGGUGAUUUCGUAAUUAUCAAGCAUGGCCAGUCAAUGCUUCUUGAUAUUGACACACCAAUAUUCAAAAUACUCCUCAUCAAGGGCGGUGAGUUGGUUUUCGAUGAAAAGAAUCUACAUCUCCAUGCAGAACAUAUCUUCCUAACAGAAGGAGGCAAACUUCGUAUCGGGGAAUCACCUGAAAAGCCGUUUCAGCACAAAGCUAUGAUAACUAUUCAUGGUCACGUGAGAUCUACCGAGUUGCCAAUUUACGGAGCAAAGUCAAUUUCAGUUCGAAAUGGCUCUUUGGAGUUGUUUGGAAAGCACAUAACGCACACAUGGACAAGGCUUUCUGAAACAGCCAAUGCAGGCGCGACAUCGAUCAAAUUGCAGUUGCCUGUCAAUGACUGGAAUAUUGGCGAUGAGAUUGUCAUAGCAACAACAAGCAAGAGCAUUAGAGAGAAUGAAAUCGUCAAGAUCACAGGGAUACGAGAUGCGGGUCGAACGCUUGAUAUCUCACCAGCUUUGGAGUAUAGGCAUAUCUCUAUCAGUCAGACAAUUGCCGGUCGGGUGAUUGAUACUAGAGCUGAAGUUGGCUUGCUGACAAGAAAUAUUGUGAUACAGGGCUCAAAACAGGACACGUGGAGUGGCAAAAUCGAGAGCUGCCCAGAAGAGUUUGAGCCAGGUCAGUUUAAAAAGCAAACUUGCUUUGAUGGAAAGUUUGGAGAGGAGCGAGGCAGCGACCAAUUUGGAGUGCAGAUUAUGCUGCAUUCUGGACACCGAAGCUCUCGAGUAGCUAGAGGUCUCUUCCAUUACAUCGAGGUACGGCAUGCUGGUCAGGCGUUCAGGCUCGGGCGCUAUCCAAUUCACUUUCACAUGGAUGGGGAUGUCCAUGGCUCCUACGUGAAGGGCUGCUCAAUCCAUCACAGCUUCAAUCGCGCUGUCACUAUGCAUGGUGUCAACAACCUUGUUGUUGAGAAUACAGUCAUUUAUGACAUUCUUGGAAACGCGUUUUUCAUGGAAAAUGGAAUCGAGAUUGGCAAUGUAAUCCAGUACAACCUUGGAAUAUUCGUUAAACCGUCAAGUUCAACUCUGAACGUAGACAUUACCCCCGCCACAUAUUGGGUCACUAAUGCAAAUAACACUGUUCGACAUAAUGCUGCCGCGGGUGGGAGUCAUUUUGGAUUCUGGUACCAAAUGUUCAUGCAUCCAGAUGGGCCUAGUUUUACGAAGGAUGUCUGUCCAAGGAACGUGCCCAUGUUGGAAUUCCGCAACAAUACGGCUCAUUCUUUUGGUCGUUAUGGCCUAUGGAUAUUCCCGAUUUAUCAUCCUAAAAAGGGAGGUGCUUGCAACGCUAAGGAACACGAACCAGCCGUUUUCCACUCGAUGAUUGCCUGGAAUAACAUGCGUGGCGCUGAGGUGGAUGUCGGCGGAGCUGUGCAGUUUGUUGACAAUGUGGCAAUGGAUAACGAUUUAGCUGGAAUUGAAGUCAUCGUUGCGGAUUCUGACAACAGCCCUUGGGGAGGUGCAAUGGUGAGAGACUCACUUAUCGUAGGCCACUCGCAGCUCGCAGAUUACAAUGAACUGCGUCAUGCCGAUCAAAAAGCGUGCACAGAAGCGGGUAUUCAGUUGCCGGCCUCUGCCCGCCUUACAGUAUCGAAUGUUACUUUCGUCAACUUUGACUUGUCAAGUGGUUGCACGAUUUUGAGGGCUUGCGCUCACUGCUCCCAUUUCAAGAAAAAGGGCGGCUGGCUCACUAAAUUUGAAAAGCUCACUUUGAUAAAUUCACCACGUAUUGCAAUGUUUGAUUGGAAUCAUCAGGCUAUAUAUGAAGAUUUAGACGGAACCCUGACUGGCAUUGCUGGUAGCAGUGCUCUACCGCUGAACCCAACUCUGCCUUCCGCACAUUGCACCCAAGACAGCAAGUUUUCUGUCGGUGCGAUGCCUGGUGCUGUUUGCAAACCAGAAGCUUCAUUUAGAAGAAUGGCAUUCAAUAACAUUGGACCAAGCUCACUGAACCAGAAGAGAGCAAUUUUGACUAACAAGUAUGGCAACACAACGAGUCCAUGGGCGGACAAAGCAACUUCGCACCCUAGAGGUUGGAUGGCUCUUGUAUUGUCAAACGAGGCAACGAACCUCGGUUUUGAAAUGGGUAAUCAGGUGACCAAUCUCAGCUAUAGCAUGAAAUUCUACGAUAUGAAAAAGACGGACCAUCUCUAUUUGACGCAUACAUUAACCCAAGAGCCUGACUUUUUCACCACCACCGGAGCUGUUGUCAAUGGAACGUCUGGAAUACCUGAUCCAGUUACUGAAUCGCAUGGUGCUUGGAAUUUUAAUAAUGAGCAGAAGAAGCUGACCAUUUUAGUUAAGGGCUCGAGCCAAAGCACUCCUGCUUUCCCUGUUCCGAUGCCAAUCAAUCUAAGAGUAUACCGCUGCUUCUUCCUGAAGUGCAUAGUGCCAACGCCUCCACCGGCUCCAAAAGGCAGGCCGUCUUCAGCUGGGUACUGGAGCAAAUCGGCUGAUUGGAUGGGGACACCAGCUGGUUAUGGUGGGCAUAAUGGGGUUCUGCCCAAGGAUGGUGACAAUGUGAUGAUUAACUCCGAUAAAUGGAUUGUUGUUGAUAUUCAGACACCUAGAAUGGAUCGUCUAUAUAUCUAUGGAACACUCGAGCUUGAAAAUGGAAGAAAUCAUAACAUCUCUGCUAACAUGAUUUUUAUUAGUGGGCUGUACGGUAGUCUGGUGGUCGGUUGGCCAGACAAGCCUAUGGUAAACAAUGUCAUCAUUAGGUUGCUUGGCAACCAUCAAACAAAAGACUUGGCUCUCAAUAAUGGACUCAACGUUGGAGCAAAGGCUCUUGGCGUUUUUGCACGAUUGCAAAUGUUUGGGAAGCAGAGGAGUGUGUAUUGGACAGCACUGGCACAAACAGUAUAUCCUGGAGGGAAUAAAAUCGUACUUGAGAAUGCAACUGACUGGCAAGUUGGUGAAGAAAUCGUCAUAUCAACAUCUACGCAUGAGCCACAGCACACAGAGAAGUUCAUAAUUGAUGCUGUUACAGACAAUGGACGAGAAAUCACAGUCAGAGGCACGUUUAAACAUCGGCAUCUCGGCGGUAGGUAUCUUGUUGGCAAACAAAUGCUAAGGAUGGCAGCUAAAGUUGGCUUGCUCACAAGAAACGUUGUAAUUGAAGGAGGAGACUAUCCUGCCGGCUCACUUGGUCAGGAGUCGUUCGGAUGUCGCGUGCUUGUUGGUUCGUACAUCGACGCUGGUGUCAGUUACCGUGGGAAGGCCAUGAUAUCAAAUGUGCAGUUCAAAAACUGUGGCCAAUAUGGCUGGAAUGAGGAUUAUGACCCAAGGUUUGCCCUUUCAUUUGUCAAUCUGGGAAAAAUCCAAGGUAACGAGUCAUUUGUGCGAGGCAGCUCAUUUCACGAUGGGUUCAGCUCUGGAAUAGGAAUUUUCGGAACUGACAAAUUGUUAGUGGAAGACAACGUACUCCAUCACGUCGUUGGUGCAGGCAUCCGAAACAAGGGAUCCGACAACAGAAUUCUCAGGAACCUGGUUGUCUACUUGCUGGCAAUACAUACUUUCAAAGGUCUUAAACCACCAUUUGAUCAGUUCUGGACCGGAGGUAUCGAAGUCACUUUCUCUAAAAACACGACAAUGAUUGGAAACGUCGUUGCUGGCAGUGAGAAAAUUGGCUUUGCUCUUAUUGGUGAAGACUGCGACACAACUGCGGCGGAAUCAUUGUGGCGUCAUAACGAGGCACAUUCCUGCGUACAUGGAAUCCAUGUCCCUCCAAAAGCUCGUAUGCCUGAAUGCGCACGCAUUUCGAAUUUCUAUCUGUGGAAAAACUAUGAUUAUGGAAUUUUCAGCUUUGGACCUGCCAGUCUCAAAGUCACUAACAAUAUAUUUGCCGACAAUGGAAUCAGUCUAUUUCUUUUCGUUGGCCUGCCACCAGCUACAAGUCACAAAAGGUUGAAUAAAUUUGUGGUUGUCCAAGAUUCACUUCUUGUUGGCGUGAGUCCAUCUUUUGACUGCAAUUAUGACUUCAUCAGACCCUUGCCUGCAACACUUGUCGGUAAUCGGGCAUCAAGAACCAAGAACGGUGGCAUGACUGGAGCCAUCUUAUCAAACUUUGCUUCGGGUAUAUCACCAGGGCCAUUUAUGCCCUGGGACGAUCCAAUGUCCUACCCGGCCAUUGGUGGACACGUGAUAUACAACAGAACCACAUUUGCAAAUUUCGUCCCUUGCAAUGACAAGAAAAAUGUCAUUUUCCACAAUAACCCGAAAAGUGGAGACAUCAACCAUCCAAUGACCCUUGAAAAAAUAACCCUUAUCAAUGUGACAGAGGGAAUGAAGCUUCACCAUCAGACCCCCUCCUUGAAAUAUAUCAACCCUUCUGACUGUGUCGACAUGGACUGUGAUGCAUUGAGGAAGGUCCUUAUUAAAGACGUUGAUGGAUCGAUGUUCGGUACAGCAGGGGGCAGCAUCAUUUCUAAAUCCGAAUACCAAUGGGAUGGCAAUCGUGCAUUUGGACUUGGAAACUACAGAAUACCCAGGACAAUGUUGGCCAAUCUAGAUGGUACCAGGAUUGAUGCAGAUACUAAGUACCCACACAAAGGUAUCGUGCGUGGCACCAGGGACAAAAGCUUCUGCACGUUCCGCAACGACUAUUUUGCUUACCAAUGCACAAGUCUUGAUUACUUCUUCCUGGUAAUUGAAAGUGUGGAUGAAGACACAGAGACGCGAAGGCUAUCUCCAGUCGGCAUUGCCGCUAACGGUUACAUUGAUCUAAUCAACGGACCCAUGGACCAUGGUUGGUGCUUUGGAUAUACAUGCCAAGAAAGAAUUUCCACGUUUUACUCUGUUGUUGCCUCACAGCUCAGCUACGAUCUUCAUUUCACCAGCUACGGACCACACAAGCUGCGACUACAUCUUCUCAACAGUGAGAUGAAGGAUGCCGUCUUAAUGAAGGUUUACUAUGCUAAACCUCAGCGGCUUGAUGUUUACUGGAGAGGUAGCUACAUAAUGCCAACCAAUGGAAAAUACGAAGGUGAAAAUUUUGAGCUUAUCUCUAAAGACCCCACAAAACCAGCAGACCAGUUUGUGCCAGGCUUGGAUGGCAAUCCGGGCUUGAACUACUUUGACAGCAAGGAAAAGAUCUUGUAUAUCGUUGUCAAGGGACCCGAGUUUUUCGAAAUCAGACAGUCAAAUAUCAUACAGCUAAAAAUGGGCGUUUCCUCGAAAUCUAUUAGCGGGGAUGAUUUCUUUAAGAAGAAUCUGGUAAACAACUUGGCUGCUCUCUUUGGAAUCGACAAGUCUAGAAUUCGAGUGAUGGAUGUGAUUUCCGCGGGUGGAGCCAGACGCAAGCGAUCAACUGAUCUCUCCUAUAUCGAUGUCCAAAUUGGUGAUCCACCGCAAUCAGGAAAUUUAACACAAUCAAAUUCCACAGCUAAUCAGACAUCAUAUGAGCAGCUACAAGAUAUCACAACCAAAGUUGUCCAAAGCUCUCAAACCGGUGCUCUGGCGGACGCUACUGGCCUAGAUGUUGGUGUUAUCACUGUUACUGAACCGACUCCACCUCCUGUUGAUCCGACCGGAGGCGUGCGGGCUACUAACGAAACCGUACAAGUGACAAAUGGGACCAACAGUACCACGCGCUAUGACCAGAAGGCAACCAACACAGAAGUAGAAGUGCAACCAGUUGAGUAUUACAUCCCAAAGAAGCUGAUGCUCAUUGCGGAACCAACAAAUAGCAACGAGACUGUACCGUUCCCGGUGCAGCCGAAAUUGCGUAUGUAUGAUGCUUUGGAUCGUUGGGUCAAGAACCUAGGACGUGAAACUGAUAGAUGGAGAGUCACCGUCGCGAUCGUGUCUGGCACAGGAGAUGCGGGUGCGCAAGUGCUUGGUAACACCACCGUAGAGUUCAUAAACGGAACCGCUAAUUUCACAAACAUUGCUGUUUCUCAUAGCGGAACGGGAUAUAAGCUAAAAUUCAAAGUUAGUUAUCCAUUGAAUCUGACAUUUACUGUCGAAUCGCAGGCCUUUGAGAUCAAGGAAAGAGUUCUGUUCUUCAGUUUGUUGCAGCAACCAGCAGACGCAAAUGAAACCGUUCCUUUUGGUAUGCAACCGCAAGUUGUAGUGCGUGAUGCUGCGAACGGUGAGCUUGUUAAUAACACAGGAUGGAAAGGCAGGAAAUGGCUGUUUACCGCUACUCUUCUACAAAACGGAAACUCUGGCGCAAGCUUGAUGGGCGGCAGUGAGGUAGAGUUCAUUGGCGCAUACGGGACAUUUAAAAACCUGAGUAUUGACUCACCUGGAAAAGGAUAUCAGCUGCGCUUAAUCGCUUCAACAACCCCGUCAUCCAGGUAUACGGCUACAUUCACAUCCGUCGCAUUUGACGUAAAGGAACGAGAGUUGUACUUGAGAAUCGCCCAACAACCAGGUGACUGUAACGAUACUGUUAUUUGCGGCAGGCAGCCGAUUUUAGAGAUCAGAUCGCGGUAUCCUGAUGCAUUGGCAGGCAAUAUUGGUUGGAAAGGAAGCAGUUGGUACAUAAAUGCCUCUAUGCAUGCGGGUGGCGCCAAUUCUCUCCUGAAUGGAACAACGUACUUCAAAAUCCCUGCUUCGGGGCUCAUCCAGUUUACCGAUCUUAACUUUUAUGAUGUAGCUUCUGGAUAUCGCCUCGCUUUCAAAGUGCUUAUCAAUCCCCCAAAUCCUCGAUUUGCAAACAUGUCUCUAGUAUCGGACACGUUUGACGUGAAACAGAGGCAGUUCUACUUAGCAGUGAAAAUCCCACCCAGCAACGUGAACGAUUCAGUUGUUUUCGGACAGCAGCCUGUAAUUGAGGUUAGAGAUCUGGGCACCAAUCGUGCUGCGAAACCGCUUAAGACUCACUGGAAUGUCACUGUCAGUAUAAAGAGCAAUGGGGCUGGUAACGGAUCUUUGCUUGGCACAAAAGGCAUCACAAUUGCAAACGAAUUGGCGUCGUUUACUGAUCUUCGCAUUGUUGGAUACGGAGUUGGAUACACUUUAGAAUUCACGUCGAAUUAUGGCCACAAGGUUGUCUCCUUGCCGUUCGACGUGCGAUUCAAGAACGACUAUCGCCCAGUUUUCGAUGGCUCAACUCCAGGUACUAUAAGUGUUUAUGAAAACCAAACAACACCGGCAACAUUGCACACUUUUGUAGCCACCGACCAGGACACAGGCAUUGCUGGAACGCUGAAGUACGAGCUGCGAGAGUCGUCGCUUCAUUGGCUGGUCAAUAUCAACCCUUCAAGUGGAGUAUUCGCUUUGCAAACUGCACUUGAUCGUGAGAAUGUCUCCUCCUACUCCAUGACAGUUAGAGUGAGUGAUAGCGCACCAUCCCCGUUCUUCUACACCCAAGACCACCUUCUCACACUAAAUGUGCUGGAUGUCAACGAUAACAAACCCAAGUAUGACUGGCCAGUGUUGAACAUUACAGUUCCAGAAACAGUCGCUGCGGGGCAGGUUGCAUUCAAUGUAAGCACAACCGACCCCGAUGCAGGCGAGAACGGACGGCUAACGUAUACAAUCAAGUCAUCAAAUGGCAGUGCAAAGUUCGAUCUCAAUGGCAACACCGGGGUGUUUACUGCUAAAGUGUCCUUGGAUUUGGACGAUACAGAACAGCCAGAGCCUGUUUAUCACUUCCAAAUGAAUGUACAUGAUAACGGAAUCGAGGUACAGCAAUCCGUUGAUAUCGACGUCUAUGUGCGCGUGACCCGCGUGAACGAAUUCACACCGACAUUUGCCUCCAACUCGAUUACAGUUUCAAAACGAGAAGACAUAGCUGUUGGUUCGGCCAUCACACCUGUUAGUGCAACGGACUCUGAUUCAGGUCAAGAUGGCAACAUCACGUACAGGAUCACUAGCGGAGAUGUGAACAACGUAUUCAAUAUCAGUGGUGGACAUCUUGUAUUGCAGAGCGCACUCGACCAUGAAACGCAAGCGAAGUACACCCUUGUAAUAACAGCCUCGGACAAUCCGUCAAAUAGUGCGCCUAAAACGUCAACAUUCACUGUACAACUUGAUGUUACUGACGUCAAUGACAAUAGGCCUCUUUUCAACCAACCUUCAUAUUUGCUGGAUGUUCCCGAGAACGCUGCUGUAGGAUCCCCCGCAGUUUCAGUUACAGCAACUGACAGAGAUUCCGGUCUCAAUGGACAGUUGGAAUAUUCUGUGACGUCAGGGGCAUCAGCUUUGUUUAGACUCGAUGCCGCAACCGGUGCUUUCAUUCCGCUUGCAAAUCUUGACCUUGAUUCGCAAAGCCUUCUCUCCAAAACAAUACAAAUGAGCGUGUUUGUGACGGACAAAGGACAACCAACAGCUUUGAAUAACUCAGUGAAUGUCACUCUACGCAUAAUAGCGAUCAACGAAUAUGCGCCUUCGCUUGGACAUGCAGAUGAGAUUACAAUGUUGCUGCGCUCAAGUGAAGUAGUUGGCAAUACCUUAUUGAAGAUGAAUGCCACUGAUGCUGAUUAUGGACCAGAUGGCAAUAUUUCAUAUCAAAUAACCUCAGGGAAUACUAACGACGUCUUCACUUUAGAUACUAUCACAGGACAAGUGAAACUCGCAAAAGUUCCAAGUGAUCCAUUCUACUCACUUGAGAUAUCGGUCAAAGAUGACGGUAGGAAUCCUGGUCCAAAAACGACUCCUGUUCAAGUUGUGCUUUACAAUGAAAGGUCAGGUGCCAGCUAUGGCGCAGGCAGUGUCUAUGUUGGUUCCAGCCGAGCAAGUGUGCCAGUGACAGUUGUGUCAGGAUCUAGCAAGGUUGUCCCUGUGUAUGCAAAUGUCGCUUUCCAGGACUUAGAAGGCAUUGAUGUCACCAUAAGCUACGACAAGGGAAUCGUCAGGUAUGACAGUGCAUCGAGCGACCUGAUAGCUGUUCCAGGAAGUGGUACCGUUCGUCUCAUUGGCCUCGUCAAGACCAACAGCAAAACGACGGGUAUCCCAAAGAUUGCCGAUUUGACUUUUACAGGACUGUUUAGCACCUCUACAACCAUGACUCCGAAAAAUGUUACAAUUGCUGACAAAGCUGGCAAGGAAAUCCCAUCCAAGGCCAAAGGCCCUGCUUGUGCUGCCGUCUUCCUGGGGGAUGUUAACAAAGAUUGUUCUGUUAACAUUCUAGAUGCUGCUCUGAUACAAACAUAUGCUCGCGAAUUGCUAACAAACUUUGCAUCACCAAUUGGAAAGGCACUUCAAAAUGAUCUUUCUUCAGUUCAGAAAUCCUCCAUGGAUGUCGACCAGAACAGUGUAGUCGACUUCCAUGAUGCGUCAUUCUUGCUAAAUGUCUUGGUAGGUUAUUCCCGGCUUAUAUCCUCCUUCACAGUUCAACCGCCAUCGGCUCCAAGCUGUGACCUUGUCAUUUCUGCGUCGCUUAAGAACAAAGACCAAACAGCAGCAACAAAUACCCGAGCAUUUGUUGUUAUGGCUUACAAAGACAGUACAUUCAACACAGAGCUUACGGCAUCAGGCCUAACCGGCGUCAAAUCGUUCACGUUGAGCUCUGGUGCAUACAGAUACGGCAGGGUAUUUGAGUUGACGAAAGCAAGUAAUGGAAACUUUGAGAUGAAAAGUGUGAAGCCUAAGCUAACCAAGAACGGAGUCGGUGUGACCCUUGUCAUUGUCACUUCAACUAGCAGUGGAUCCAAAGUGGCCUCUUCAUUCGUAAAGCCAGCAACUAUUUCUGGAAGCAAGACCUCUGUAACGAUCGCCACUGGUAUCACUCUUGAUGUUUUCGACUCGUUUAGGCCACAAACAAGCGCGAAUUUUACGUCCCAGAACAAUCUGUGCACCUCGCAAACAGUAACGAAACGAAUGAGUUUGAAGUUCAACGCUGACUUCAGCAAGGUCGUUGGAAAAGAAGCUAAAUUUAUCAGCGAAUUUAAGACAUUCUUUGAGUCAAAAUACAAGACAUCAUCCCGACCUGUAGCGGUGUCAGGCGUCACAAUCAAAGCAGGGAGUAUUAUAGUAGACUUUAAUGUCACUGUAAUCCAAUCACAAGAGAAUACACUUAUUGAUGAUGUUUCAAACGAUGUCAAGAGGGGCCUGACCUUCACAUUCGAAUCAAACAACAUGGUCGCUCACCAGACAUUGAAAGUUGAUGGACAAGAGAAGAUUCCUCCUCCAAAGGCUGCAACGAGCGACAACAAGACUUUGAUAAUCAUUUUAGUCAUUGUUGCUUUUAUUAUAUUGGUUUUCAUAGCGGUCGCCAUAUUUGUAUGCUAUCGUAAAAAGAGGCUGAGGUCAGAAAAGGUGAGAUCUUUAGAGAAAGAUAAUUCCAGAUUUGAUAAGAAAAAGAGUAAUGAAGACACGUUGCACAUGGCUCCUAUGUACGGUUACUCUGCAACCCAGAGCCCGGCCAAAAAGAACGAGUUCGUUGAAGUUGUUUUCAACGAUGUUGCUCCUCUGGAAAACAACAUGAAGGAAACUGCCAUUGACAACCCGGUUUAUCAGCAUGACGAGGAUUUGCAAUGUUCCCCAAGAGCAGCUCCUGUGUUUACAACCGUGGCUGCUGCCCCAGGAAGUAGGCCAGCCACAGCUGGUGCAGAAUCAAAGCAGGGCGAAGAUUUGUGGCGAGCACGGCCAAGAUCAGCGGGACCAAAGUACGACGCAACUGAUGUUCUUAUGAAAAGAAUCUCAUCCACAAAGGAAUCGAGUACAAAAGGACGAGCAAGCCCAGAAAAUCUUGAAGUACCAUUGGUUGCUGCGUGCUCGUCUAUGGAAAAUUUAGCAGAAAUAUCAGAGGAGGGAAACACAAAUUAUGAAAUGCACCCGAAUGUACCGACCCCAGAACCGAGUUCGGUUGAGGAUUAUGAAGACGACAAGCCUGUUUAUAAAACAUUGGAAAUAAAACAACUGCGUCAAGAGGGCAUCAGCGUGUUGCAUUUUGUAAGCAGCAUCGUCGUGAAUGUCAAUGGGACACUCGAGGACCUCAGAGCAGCCAUAACCGGAAAAACAUUCCUUGGCAAAGAGAAAUUUGUUUUCCUGACUUCUCAACUAGAAGGUGUUAAUCCUCUCAAAGAAGUUGAUGUUAAAGUAAAGGAAAUAUUUAAGAAGACUAUAAGGACAAAAGUUUUGCAUGGAACAGAUGGCUACAGUUUGUUCUGUCCAUGCGGUAUUGUGGCGAAAAUUCAUUGCGAGACAUGCUUAGUGCGAGGCUACUGUUCUGAACGUUGCCAACAAAACGAGUUUACCGAUCACCAAAAAGUUUGUAACAAAAGCAACGCUGUCAAAAAGCAGAGAGAUGGCAGCAAAAGGAUGUCUAAGAUUAGCAGGGCAGGUCCCACGUAUUAACUUCUCCAAUUCCUGUUGAGAAAGUAGGUUUUUAGAUAAGAACUUAUCAUUGUAGAUGAGUUUUGUGAAGGUUGCAUUUUUGCUGCACCGCGCAAAAAUAUUAAUAAAAGGAAUCUCCCGUUCUUAGCACUUAAAUUUGAUUCUGCGAAUACCAUUUUCUUAAGUGUGCCAGCAGUUUAGGUAUGAAAGCAAUAAAGACGUGAAACAAUGCUAAACCAAAUACUCGAAGCUAUCUCUAUUUUUCCAUCCUCUAGGUAACUUAAGCCAGAUAUAAAUUCAUAUUUGGGGAUUUCCUUAUCUGUAUAUUAUCUCUAUUAGGAAAACAUUUUCAAAUGGAGCUCUAUUUUUUAGAGCACUGCGCACUUAUAUUCGCUGUUGUUUGUUAUCAUAAGUAUGUUUUUAAAGCAUGUAUAUCGGGUAGUUAAGUAGUGUUGAUGAUUGUAAUGGAGUAAAUAUCUUGGUGAUUUCUAAAUGAUUUGCGUAUGAAGGAAGUAACUUUUUAAGUAUUUUAUGUAAGGGCCUUUGCUUGAAUUCCUGCCCUUUUCGAGCUGUUAUACGUCUUACAUCUUUAAAGGCAUUUGACAUGCAUAAGUACAGCGAAUCCAAAAUUAACUUGAUCAGAGCACGCGCGUUUGGAUAGAGUGUGAAAGUACUUACAUGAAACCACUGUGAGUCGCUCUAGGGUUUCCCGGAUUUGCAGAAAGGUGGAAACUGUUCACAUGUUUUUUCUGUGUGCAAUUCGAUUGGCCGACUGCUGGGGGUCAAGUGGCUGUAGGCCACUUUUGCCUGUGUUGAAUGCCUUUAAGUUAUAGUUCCAGUCAAAAUUGUACUUAGAUCUCUUAACUGCGUUCAUUACUAAGUUGUCCAAAGACAUGUUUGUUUUCCUUAAUGCUGAAACCCAAAAAUGUUCAUUGUAAAACCAAUUAGCUCACUGCAGUAGGCGUAAAGCUCUGCAAAGAUUUGCACGAUGAUUUGGAAGACAACACUCAGCUACUCCUUACAUGAUAUACCAAGGGAUUUCGACAAAGGCCUAUGUGUCUGCUUAGAUUUUUGUAAAGCACGUGCAAAAAGAAAGUUUCUAUGUAAUUAUGUAUUUUAGUGUUUAAGUGCCCUUUCACUUCUGUCCUUUUAUUUCUGUCCUUUGACUGGAAACAAAGGUCAUAAAUCACUGUAUCCGUUGGCGACACCUUGAAAUAUCUCAACUUUUUACAUAUUUUUGAACAUCAUUAGUUGAGGGAAUUAGUCUGUUUUCAGAUGUGAAAGGGCAAUACUUUUUGUGAUGUAGAGUUUUAAAAACGUGAUUGUCAUUUUUACUUCUCUACUUAACUGUCUGAAAGUUUAUAAAAAGCAUUUGCACCUAAA